AUGGUCACAACCCUGCCAACAGAAGUCCUCAUCCAAGUCUCCUCAUACCUCAAUCCCGCCAAUUUAGCCUCAGCCUGCUGCGUUAAUCACGCAUGGUUCAUCCCAUUCGCCAGCAAACUCUGGCGCUCCCUCCACAAGGACCAAUUCUCUCAAGAAGCCCUCCUCGGAGCACUCCCCCAGCGUCUCGGCCCAGAAUGUACACGGCUCAUCAUCAUGGAAGCCCCCGUCUUGGGCCCCACAGCCGGACGAAAGUACGGAUAUGCGAUUGAGAUUUUGGAACGGAACCCGGAUCUGGAGGAGGUGUCAGUUUGGUUCCCGAAUCCAGUUGAGGCGACGAGGCAGUUGAUGCGGGUUGUGGGGAUUGUGGUGAGGAUGAAGAAGUUGAGGAAGUUGUGUAUUGAUGGGUUUAUGGCGCCCGAGGGGGUUUUGGAGUAUUUGUUGGAGAUGUUGCCUGGCUUGGAGGAGUUAUCGAUUGAGAUGUGGCAGGCUAACCCGGAUGCGGUGCUGGAUCCGGAUUUUGUUACGUGGCGGAUGCAGAGGAUGGCAUCGGAAGAUGCUGGCAAUCGGGAUAGGGUAGGAUUGACCCCGACAGCACCUGCCACGUCAGCAACCACGUCAGCAACACCAUCAGCAAUAUUAUUGCCAGCGGGAGCAUCAUCAUCAGCAGUGACAACGUCAACAACUGAACCACCACGCCAACUACGAAGACUUUCCUUGAUCGACAUCGAGUUCUCCUUCGAAUACUUCCUCAAGCUAGUACAGGACUACCCACUCCUGGAGUCGAUCACUCUGGAGGUAUCAGAAGAAUCCGCUCAUUUCCGGCCAGGAGAAUCACCCAGCUACAUCCCCUUCUGUGAACAACUCGGGAUCCUCUGCCCAAGACUGGACCAGCUCAGCCUCAGGUCUGUGGAGAUCAACAGCGACGGUCUGGAAUAUCUUCUAUCUGCGUUUCCCCGACUCAAACGUAUUGCGAUCGCCAACACACCCAUGGCCGACUGCGAUAUCCUUCGAAUCCUGUUGAAUCGCUCGGGAUACUCUGAGAUACUAGAGGAAAUUGAUCUGACCCAGGAUUCAUCGAGACCUUCGGGUGUAGAGACUCUUGAGGUGUUGCGGAGGUUCCAUAGGUUGCGUAGGCUACGCGUGACAAGCGGGACCAUAAUGGUGGGACCACUAAUUCAAGUCUUUCUCAUUCAGCGCCUUAAUGGUGCCGAUGACGAGCAACAGCAGGAGCAGCAACCACUACAGCAACAGCAACAACACCCACCAGCGGCAUCCAAUCAGGCCAACAGUGAGGACCUCCAAGGUCAAGGUCAAAUGCACGCCACCCCUACCCGACCAGGAGAGCAUCUGGAGAAGCUUGAGGUCACGAUUGUUGGACCGUCAAGGGGCUGGGCACCCCCAGCACUUUUUGUAGACGAGUACGAUGAUAGGUACGGCCAGCAGGAGCGUGAUGCCGAUGACGCGGAUAGGACAUACCCCUUGUACAACACCCUCACGACACUUCUCAAGGAUAAGACUUUGCUGGAUAUGGACGGCCUGACCCUCGACUAUGAACUUUAG